GCUGGGCUCUCGUGGCUCUAUCCGCUCGUGCAUUCCUAUGCUAUCUUUCUCUGGGCUGCUGCUCUCCUGCCGUGCUUACACUGCAAGUGGUUCUCGAAACAGGGCCGGUGCAGCGAUCUGUGUUACCUUGGUUGGCGACACUAUCCUUUGACACCUACGCUGCCCUUAAGGGGGAAAUAACAGCCAUGCCAGGUCGAAGGCCCUACCGGCAAGUCAUCGACGGUGUUCCGAGGUGCCCACUGGUUAAUCCGGCUAUAUUUCGGAAAAGUCUCUCUUUCCGCGCUGCCAAGGGUGACGUUGUGCAGAGCACCUACCCAAAAAGUGGGUCCCAUUGGAUUCAGUACCUCACGCAGCUAAUACUCAACGGAGGAAAACCCAUCAGCUCCUACGACGAGUUCACUGGAAACUUCCGGGCAAUCGAGUAUAUGGAUUCUGAUGGCUGGGAGUCGCCUCUACCUGUGAGACUGUUCGUGACGCAUCAGCCACUCAUGCGAGAGUUUAUGAACAAGGACGCUAAGUACAUCUACAUCGCUCGGAACCCAUGGGACGUCUGCGUCUCGCAGUUUCGAAUGACCACAGACCUCAGCAGCUCACAGUUCGAGGAUGGCACAUUCGAAGAGUUCUUCGAACCCUUCAUCGAGGGAGACUUGGGCUACGGAAGCUACUUUGACCACGUGGCAUCUGCGUACGCCAUCAAAGACGAACCGAACGUGUUCUUCGUGACUUACGAAGAGCUCAAGAAUUACACUAAAGACACAAUUUUGCGACUUGCUAGCUUCUUGGGUGAGACAUACGAGAAGGCUCUGAUCGAAAAUCGGCAAAUGCUACAAAAUAUUCUUCAAUGGUCCAAACCAGAACACAUGAGGAAAGUCAUCGUGUUUAAUCUCAAAGGCAACGAGACGGCGGAAUGGAAUGAUCUCUUUGUCAGGAAUAAGAUUACGAGUAAAGAAGGCUACAAUGGAGACAACACAAAGUACGCGUUGGUAAAAGAAGCCAAAGUGGGAGGCUGGAAAGAGUACUUCACUCCUGAACUGCUCGCCCGUUUUGAGAAGAAAAUACAGGAAAACGAGGAUCAGGCAUCGUUUAUGGAGCUGUGGGAAGGCAUUCGAAAGGAGGCGUUCACAGUACUCAGCCAAUCUUCGGUGUACCAGGACUCUUCCGUAUCUUAAUGCGUAGUUGCUAACGUGUAUUUCAAACGCAGAUAUGAGGAACUGAACAGACGCUAGUUAUUUCUGCGAGGGGUUCUCCUUCUGAAAUGUUUAAUGACUUUGUUAGAAGUCGGCUCGUGUAAAUAGAAACCUCCUUGAAGCCUAGAGUCCCCUGGGCUCGCAAUGGAAGGUUUGCCUGAUUAGACAUAGCCUCUCUCUGAGGUUCUUAUUUAGGUUUGAGAAAUUACACUUUUUAAAGCAUGCUCACAUGUGAAAGUCGUCGGUCAUUUUCAUUUUCUGUACUGCAGAAGACGUUCUGAGAAUAAACUAAUGAGUUAUAAUAAUUUUAUCAGUA